GGGUUUCACCUAGAAAAUUAGGUAAACCUUAACAGAUUAUGCGUUGUAGGCAUGAGGAUUGAUAGACCCUUAUGGGUAUUCAUGAGUCCUCGUGUAAGGUUCACAAGACAAGUAAAGAUUAAAAAAAAAAAAAAUCCUUGGAGCCUUGUGGAAUUUUGAAUGUUAUGGUACUGUCAACAAUGUUCAUGUCUGAUUCAUUACAAAAACAGUCUCUCUGAAUAACAAUGUUAUGUUAUUGUGAUUGUUGAAUCUGAUUCUUCAAUUUAUAACACAAAAAUCAAAGUAAAAAUGUAGGUGUGAGUUGUGAUGAACGUGUCAUUGUGAUGUUAUAAGAGAAAAUUUUGAAAUAUUAGUGUUUCAUUUAUGAUUGUAAUUUUAGUUAAAUUACUACUAAGGUACAAUAUUAAAGAAGGGUAUAUCUUAGUUUGUUCCAUGUUGGUUGUUGCUUGGAGGAGUUAUCUAGUUUUGCUUUUACUAUUUGAGAAGAAUGAUUUUGAUUUAUUUGUACUCUGUGAGUAGCUACUUUGGCAGCCAAGUACUAUUCUAGCUAUUUCAUGCUUUUUACUCCUUUCUUGAGUUCUAGAAUUCUAAGAUAUUCAUUGCUAUUGAGUCAAAAUAAAAUGCUACUAAAAGGCCAGAAUUGUAGACUUAUACGUAUGACUAAUUGUUGUUAUAAAAUUCAUAGAAGUCAAUCUAACUUCUUUUCUAAUCACUAUUGAAACAAACAUAGCCAUUAAGACGAUGGGGACUUUUUAACCCUCACAAGGUUUUCGUUUCACUUUCUCUGUAAAACUCUUCCUUAUCGCUCUUCUAGAUCCAGGUUUCAUCUUCUUCAUUCUUUGUCUUAAUUCCUCUUUUUCUUAAUUUCGUUCUUUAAAAUUGAAGGGUUUACAAUCUCAUUUCUCUUCCUCGCCAUCGAUUUGAAUACGUAAAUUUAUCGUAUAACCUAGAAUUUGUUUUUUACUAGAUUUCUUCAAUCAUGGCUUCCAAUUCGCAAAAGGAUUUUCCUGUUGAUGAUCAGCAGAGAACAAAAAUUCCAAAUAAGAAUUGUAAAAGAAAAAAUAAAAAAUCCAAAAUUAAAUCAUUCACCACAGCAACUCGUGCACGUGGGACUGGUUUUCCAAUCAACCCUUUUAAUUUCUCAUCUCUUCUCUAUGAUACAAAUAUCAAGAAAUUGGCUGAACAAGCAGAAAAAUAUCCAUCAUUCAAUCAGAUGGCUCAACAGGAUGGUCUCCUUAAAUCUCAUAAACAGAAGACUUUUUCAAUCAUGAGCAGGAUCAAUAAGAGUCGUGAUUUAUGGACCUUGGCUGAGCGCCUGAGUGAUGCAUUGGUGCAGGACCCAUCAACGUCUUCCAUGCUUGAAAUUUACGUCAAACUAUCAUUUGAAGGCCGCCGUAAACAGGGAAAAGCACAAGUUGACAGAGAUCCAUGUUUGAAACUUAUUUUAGAUGAGAUAGAGAAUGGUGGUCCUGCUGUACUGAUGAGAUACUGGAAUGAUGAGUGGGUUUUGAAGAUGUUUGGACUAGUCAUGGGCAUUUCUCUAGGUCCAGACUCUGGAGAUGCAGUUUAUCAUGAAAAUUCUGGGUCAUUUGUUCAUCAUACUGCUAUUAUUGGCAACGUCAAGUUGUGCUGUCAGAAUUUGAAGGAACUAGCCAGCAACCGAGUGUCUCCCCAAUCGUCAUCAAAGUACAAAUGCAAACAAACAGAAAGAACACAGGAAACACAGGAAGAGCAUUCUUUGGCUGUAUUGAUGCUCAAACUCAAUCUAGUGGACCUUCUCUUUAGACGUGCACCUUGUAUCCCUCAUCUUUAUUAUUGGUGCGGCUAUGUGAGGACUCAUUCUGGCGGCUGUUCAAGGGUUAAAUCUUCAGCUUCUACCCACAACCUACCUGAUCAAGAAACCCAGCUGGGGGCUGGGAAAGAAGGGUUGCUUACUAUCCUGGCUAGAGUUACCAGUGAGACUCCUUCCGUUCGAUUCGCACAAGAAUUUGCUCUAGUUCUCUUUUUGUAUCAUUGCCUUUGCACCAUGCCUUGUGAACAGUGUGAUGCAGUACUCAAGCAGGCGGUCGAGGCAGCGAUCGAGGCAGCGAGAUACCAGAUAGAUAAUCCACAAUUGGAUAGAGAAAGUUCAGGGGUUGAGUGAGAUCAAGGGUGUCAGAACUCAGAAUAGUCAAUUGAUGGGUCAUUUUGCCAAUGCUCUUUACAUUGGAGCCCCCACCUUGAACCCCGUCAAUACAUUUUUAAAAAUUUACAUUGAUAAGUUGUUGAAAAAUUAUUAAAAAGACGUAUUUAAAUAUGUGAACUUAAAAAGAUAGAGACAAUUGUAUGCAUAAACAAAUUGUCAAGAAGUUACUUAUUUUAUAAUCUAUUUUGAAAUGUUUAACA